GUAAGGGGAAGUUUUAAUUCACAGGGAAACGAUCUGCACUGGCUAGCGUGUGCCUUGUAUGUGGCUUGCAGAAAAGCAGUUCCAACUGUGAGCAGAGGAACAGCUGAGGGAAAUUACGUAUCCUUAACCAGAAUUUUGCGCUGUUCCGAACAAAGCUUGAUCGAGUUUUUUAACAAGAUGAAAAAAUGGGAAGACAUGGCAAAUCUACCCUCCCAAUUCAGAGAACGAACGGAGAGAUUAGAAAGAAACUUUACAGUUUCUGCAGUAAUUUUUAAGAAGUAUGAGCCCAUUUUUCAGGACAUUUUCAGAUAUCCUCAAGAAGACCAACCUCGUCAACAGAGAGGAAGAAAACAGAGACGACAACCAUGCACUGUGACUGAAGUUUUCCAGUUCUGUUGGGUGCUGUUUGUUCAUGCAAAAGGUAAUUUUCCUAUGAUCAGUGAUGACUUGGUCAAUUCCUACCAUCUCUUGCUGUGUGCUUUGGAUCUAGUGUAUGGAAAUGCUCUCCAGUGUCCUAACCGAAAAGAACUUCUGAAUCCUAAUUUUAAAGGUCUACCUGAAGACUUUCAUAGUAAGGAUUAUAAAGUAUCAUCUGAUCCUCCCUGCAUCAUUGAAAAACUGUGUUCAUUACAUUAUGGACUAGUUUUAGAAGCAAAAGGCAUAAAGGAACAUUUUUGGAAGCCAUAUAUUCGGAAACUUUUUGACAAAAAGCUUUUAAAAGGAAAAGAUGAAAAUCUGACCGGAUUUCUAGAUCCUGGGAACUUUGGAGAUAGCCUCAAAGCUAUCAACAAGGCCUACGAGGAGUAUGUCUUGUCAGUAGGAAAUCUCGAUGAGCGAAUAUUUCUUGGGGAGGAUGCAGAUGAAGAAAUUGGAACUCUCACAAGGUGCUUGAAUACAACUUCAGGAAUGGAAACCGCCGAACGAGUACAAGUGAAGCAUAAUUUGCAGCAGCACUUUGACAGGUCCAAAUCACUCAGGAUUACAACCCCACUUACCGGCCGCAAGUAUAUUAGAGAGAGCAACCCCUAUGUGACACCUGUUUCCAUAGCAACAUACAGUUUGAGCCGCCUUCAUACGAUGCUGGCAGGACUGAAAAAUGCCCCCAGUGAAAAUCUGGAGAAAAUACUCAGGGCAUGUUCCAGAGAUCCUUCUCAAUCUAUUGCAAACAGAGUGAAAGAAAUGUAUGAAGUAUACUGCCAGAGUAUGCUGUCUGAAGGAGAAUUCAGUAAUUUUUCCAAAGAUGUUGCUAGUAAGCAUUUUCGUCGUGCUGAGGUGCUAUACUACAAGGUCUUGGAGUCAGUCAUUGAGCAAGAGAGGAGGAGACUGGGAGAUGCUGACUUAUCUGCAAUACUGGAGCAAGAUGUGUUUCACAGAUCUCUGCUGGCAUGUUGCCUUGAGAUAAUCACCUUUACAUAUAAGCCACCUGGAAACUUCCCAUUCAUCACUGAAAUAUUUGACAUUCCAGUUUAUCAUUUUUAUAAGGUGAUUGAAGUCUUCAUCAGAGCAGAGGAUGGCCUUUGUCGGGAAGUAGUAAAACACCUUAAUCAUAUUGAAGAACAGAUUUUGGAAUGUAUGGCAUGGAAACAGGAAUCCAUACUGUGGGACAGAAUCAGAGAAAAUGAGAACAAAGUUCCUAGUUGUGAAGAGGUAAUGCCACCUCAGUAUUUUGAGAGGUCUGCUGGGAACAGUGUUGUAGGUUCACCACUGACACCAAGACGAAUAAACGAGGUUCGUGCUGAAACUGGAGGACCAAGAAAAGGCCUUUCAUCCUCUCCAACUACCCUGUAUGACAGAUACAGUUCUCCUACAGCCAACCCUACAAGGAGAAGACUGUUUGUCGAUAACGAUAAUACCUCUGACAAUGGAACUCCAGUCAGAGCUCCCCAACAGCCCGUGGUCAAUACGGUGCCUGUGCAGAACAUGAAUCCCGAAGCCAUGUCAGUAACUCCAGUGCCUGGCCAGACGCUGGUUACAGUGGCAACUGCAACCGUAACGGCCAAUAAUGGGCAAACUGUUACAAUACCAGUACAAGGUAUUGCCAAUGAAAAUGGAGGAAUAACUUUCUUCCCAGUCCAAGUAAACGUAGGUACCCAGCCUCCGGGUGUCUCUGGUCCCAUUCCACCUCUGAGUGCCCAGACUCUUGCUAGUACCCUGAACCCUCAGAUGACUGGGGCAACACUGCAGUUACCAGGCCAGCUGACUGUUCAGCAGAUCUCUCCGGGAGAGCAAAGACAAACCCAGCAAUUUACCACUGCCACGUCCAGCAGGCCUCGGAAGAUGGGCUCACUUUCACUCUUUUUUAGAAAGGUGUACCAUUUAGCUAGUGUUCGCCUGCGAGAUCUCUGUGUCAAACUCGAUAUAUCUGAUGAGCUGCGGAAAAAGAUCUGGACGUGUUUUGAGUACUCCUUGGUGCAUUGCCCUGACAUCAUGAUGGACAGACAUUUGGAUCAGCUGCUGAUGUGUGCCAUCUAUGUCAUGGCUAAGGUUACGAAGGAAGACAGAUCAUUUCAGAACAUUAUGCGCUGCUACCGGACACAACCACAAGCCAAAAGUCAUGUCUAUCGCAGCGUCCUGAUAAAAGGCAGGAGACGCCGCCACCGCUCCAGCAGCAGUGACAGCAGUAGCCAGCGGAACUCGCCUACAGACAGAAGUAAAGAGAGAAACAAAGAAAGAACCAGCCGGGACUCCAGCCCGGUCAUGCGAUCCAGCAGCACCCUGCCUGUGCCACACCCCAACAGCGCUCCCCCCACUCCAACCCGACUGACAGGUGCCAACAGUGACACCGAGGAGGAAGAGCGAGGGGACCUUAUACAAUUCUAUAACAACAUCUACAUCGAGCAGAUUAAAGAGUUUGCCCUGAAGUAUACUUCAAAUGCACAGAUCGAUUCUCCUCCGCUCUCGCCCUACCCGUUUGUAAGGAUUGGCUCCCCUCGCAGAAUACAGCUGUCCCAGAAUCACCCGGUCUACAUCUCACCACACAAAAAUGAGUCUGCUCUCUCUCCUCGAGAGAAAAUAUUUUAUUAUUUCAGCAGCAGCCCAUCUAAGAGGCUAAAGGAAAUUAACAGCAUGGUUAGAACAGGAGAAACUCCCACAAAGAAGAGAGGCAUUCUCCUAGAAGAUGGCACUGAAGCACCAGCCAAGCGAAUCUGCCAGGAGAAUCACACCGCUCUGUUAAGACGACUGCAAGAUGUCGCCAAUGACAGAGGCUCUCACUGA